UUUUUUUGUCUUUUUUGGCGAACGGAUGUGUAACGUAUCUGCGUUGUCAGCGUUGACAGUUUGACACCGUUACGCCUCCCCACUGCGUCCUCCGAUCCGUUACAACAACGGGAGCAAGCCGAGAAGGCGGGACGUGAAACCACGCGCCUCCCUCCGAAUAAAAUCAUCGAUUUCGAGAUACCGAAUCUAAAUUCUCUUAGAUCGACAAAAUCCAUGGCAGAACAAGGCAAACCCGACGCUCAACUCUUUCAGCUUCUUUCCACUCUUGUUCAGGAGGUGGAAGCAUUAACGAAUGAGGAAGAGGUCGAACUUCGCUCAAAAAUUGAAGCUCUAGGAUUGGAGGUUACAAAGGUUCCUUCAAAUUCAACCCAGCCGCUUGAUGAGUUGGCAAUAGCCGAACAGUUGGAUAAAUUGUCAGCAAAAAUAGAUGAUGUGGAUGAGAUGAUAUCAUCAGCCAUGGCUGCAGAUCCACAAGUGCAAUCACUCUUGAGUGGUACAGCUGAUGUGUGGAUGCCAGUUAUAACUGCGACCUGUGAGGAAAGGCGUAAUUUUACUACUGUAGGAGACAAGACACAAACUGACGAUAAAACUCCGUAGUUUUUUUUUUUAAUAAAUAAUUUCUUUUAUGUAUGCCAUUUUAAUGAAAGAAUGAUGCUUUUUUAUUGCAUUAUGGUCUAGAGCGUUCUUUAUCAUUCUAACACCCAGAAUACAAGUGCUCACCUUGAUAAAGAUUGUGUUAUGAUCUUAUA